GACCACAGUCGCAAACAAAAAACAACGCACGGUCUAUAAUUUGUCAAAAGAAACACUGGACGAACCUACAAUAAAAGUAUUGUCGAAAGGCUUAAAUUUUGCUAUAACGCCGCAAAAAAUCCCGUACGAGGAAAUUAUCUGUAGUGUUGAGGAUUGUCUGUUUAAGAAUAAUAUCGGUAAAGAGGAUUUAGAGGCUAUACGUCAAGACAUUUCGUUCUUGUUACGUCGAAGUUCAGCGCCGAAACUAAAUCUUCCCAAAGACGAAUUUAAAGCGUUGUACAACUUACGCAACAGACUCGAGCUCACGAUUCUCCGCGCGGAUAAAGGAAAUGCUACGGUAAUAAUGGACACGUCAGAGUAUAAUUUCAAAAUACAACAACUUUUAUCGGACGUAAGUACAUACAAAAAGGUCAAAAUAGACCCUACAACUAAUACACUCAAAACAACUACUGAUUUAAUAAAGAAAUACUCCGAAAAAUUAGAUCUUGACGUGAAUUCGACAAUACCAUCAUGUGCCAAACCACCGAGGUUGUAUGGGUUACCGAAAAUACACAAAGCAAACGCUCCACUACGUCCUAUAGUAAGCCAGAUCGAUUCACCAACUUAUAAGUUGGCUCAAUACUUGGCAAAAAUACUGUCACCACUAAGAGGACAUACCAGAGCACACACAAAGGAUUCAUACCAAUUUGUUAAUGAGAUUAAAGACUUACAUCUCGCUGACAAUGAAACUAUGGUCAGUUUUGAUGUUCAGUCACUAUUCACAUGCCUACCUAUUGAAGACUGCAUCUCAAUUGUUACUAGAAAGCUAGAAGUUAACAACAUGCCUACAGAAUAUGCAGUAUUACUCAAACACUGCCUCACAUCUGGCUAUUUAUUGUGGAAAGAAGAGUUCUACAUGCAAGUAGACGGAGUGGCAAUGGGCUCACCUGUACCCCGUAGUCGCCGACAUAUUCAUGGAGGACUUUGAGGAGAAAGCCCUUCUUACUGCUCCUGUAAAUCCAAGAUUCUAUAAGCGGUACGUAGACGAUACUUUCACAAUUUUACCAUCUGACAAAGUAACUGCAUUUUUAAACCACCUCAAUUCCAUAAACCCUAAAAUACUAUUCACAAUGGAGUUAGAGGCAAACAAUCCUUUAGCUUUUCUAGAUGUUUUAGUCAUCCGAAAUCCCGAUAACACUAUUGGUCAUACUGUGUACAGAAAAAAUACCCAUACCAACCGAUAUUUAAAUGGUGAAUCUCACCAUCAUCCUUCACAGUUAGCUACCGUGGGAAAAUCUUUGUUUCAGAGAGCACGAGGGAUCUGUGACAGAAAACAUCUGGCCGCCGAGCUUCAGCACGUCGAGCAAGUACUGCAAGACAACAAGCUUCGGGUUCCGCGCCUACGUCACAGUGACCGAGUGAAGCUAGCCACAGUCGAGCGUGUGCCUGCUGUACUACCCUAUGUCAGAGGAGUCACAGACAAGUUAGAUGGGAAUGAGGGGCCCAUAAUUGUCUGUUUCACCUGUCAUGCAAGACUCAUUCGUUGCAGAAGAUUACAACAACAGGCUAUUGAGUCAAAUGUGGUUCUGGAGCAGUUGCUUUCAGGAGGAUCCAUGUCAAUACCAAAACCGCAUAAGGUUAGAGGUGAGAUUAAAUUCACACCAAUUUAUCAUAUAGAUAUCUGGCCUGUAGAGUGUGAUAUAGACAAUGAUUGCAAGGACGAAGUUUUUUGCCUUGAUGCCGUUAAAAUUGAGGAAGAGAUUUUCGAAUAUGAGAAUUCCAAAUUUGAAGAAAAUGAGAAUCAUGAAACAGAACCAUACAUCAUACCGACAAAUCAUUUUUCAAAAGCGUCUGAGAGCAAGAUUAAAUCAAAUUCUACUGAUUGUAACAUAAACGAUGUUUGUAAAGGAAACCUCGAUUUAGAAAGCCCUACUAUUAAAUCAAAGCCUAAAGUCAAAAAAGAUAAUCAACCAAUUAAUAAAAAAGGAAAUCAUCCUGCAAAUAUUAUGAGAAAGAAAAUAUUGAAACAAAAGAGUGUAAAUAUACUCACGAAAAGAACGUCAGGGGCAUCAACAAAAUACAUUUUUGAAUGUGAUGGUUGUAGCAAAAAAUUUUCAACAAAAGACAUUCUUGCCAAACACAUUUCAUACAGUCAUAAGACGCAAAAGAACCAAAAGAACACCACUGCAGUUCGGACACAAGUUGAACAAACUUCAGUACCACAACUAACUGAAAUAUUUAAUUGUGAUAUUUGCGAAUUUAAAACAUCUCAAAAAGGUUGCAUUUUGGCACAUCUUAACGCGCACGUCGCUGAACAAGUGUACUGUUGUAAUAAUUGUGAUUAUAAAAGUAUAAAAAAAGAUAAUUUGCAAAAGUAUAUGAAAAUACAUACUGGAGAAAAACCUUUUUCAUGUAAUAUCUGUAAAUAUCAAUGUAUUUACAAAAGUCAUUUGCUAACACAUAUGAAAAUACAUACUGGAGAAAAACCUUUUUCAUGUAAUAUCUGUGAAUAUAAAUGUAUUACAAAAAGUGAUUUGCAAAGGCAUAUGAAAAUACAUACUGGAGAAAAACCUUUUUCAUGUAAUAUCUGUGAAUAUAAAUGUAUUACAAAAAGUGAUUUGCAAAAGCAUAUGAGAAUACAUACUGGAGAAAAACCUUUUUCAUGUAAUAUCUGUGAAUAUAAAUGUAUUUCAAAAAGUGAUUUGCAAAGGCAUAUGAAAAUACAUACUGGAGAAAAACCUUUUUCAUGUAAUAUCUGUGAAUAUAAAUGUAUUACAAAAGGUGAUUUGCAAAGACAUAUGAAAAUACAUACUGGAGAAAAACCUUUUUCAUGUAAUAUCUGUGAAUAUAAAUGUAUAGAAAAAAGUUAUUUGCAAAAGCAUAUGAAAAUACAUACUGGAGAAAAACCUUUUUCAUGUAAUAUCUGUGAAUAUAAAUGUAUAGAAAAAAGUAAUUUGCAAAAGCAUAUGAGAGUACAUACUGGAGAAAAAUCUUUUUCAUGUAAUAUCUGUGAAUAUAAAUGUAUAGAAAAAAGUAAUUUGCAGAGACAUAUGAGAAUACAUACUGGAGAAAAACCUUUUUCGUGUAAUAUCUGCAAAUAUCAAUGUAUUCAAAAAAAUAAUUUGCAAAAGCAUAUGAAAAUACAUACUGGAGAAAAACCUUUUUCAUGUAAUAUCUGUGAAUAUAAAUGUAUUACAAAAAGUCAUUUGCAAAGGCAUAUGAAAACACACACUUGAGCAGAACCUUUUUUGUGAGAGAUCUGGUAAAAUAUGUGCAAUAUUAUGUAAACGUGUUUUAUAUAAAUAUAAAAGUAUACUAGA